CGAUACGUACGGUAUGGUACGAUUUAUACGGUAUGAUACAAUACGAACCUUCAGAAGAAAACAAGUCUCGAAUCUUAUUCGUCAUAAUCGCAAUGUACAUGAGGCACACAUCGGUUCGACGAAACAACACACACCACCACCACCACCGCUCCGGUACCGUCGAAAGGAAUACAACCGAAGCUCCAAAAGAGGAGUUGGUGGAAAACUUGACAACAAGUGCGACUGCUGCCGCGUCCUCGACGACAAGCUUGUUGCGCAACUGUUUCGUUCGAACAGCGCUUUUGUUGCUGUCGUUGUCGCUGGGGAGGGCCUCCAUCGGUGCCCUUGUUUCUACCCACACUCCGAACACCGGUAGCAUCUCUUCAAUUGGCGCGAUAAGAACAGCCGCUUCGAUGGUUUCCAAGGCAGUAGUACCAGCAAGAGCUAUCCCCUAUCGACCGGUGCGCUUCGAAUCAUUUCCGGUGACCGAAAACGACCGGAAUCCCGGCACGGUGCUCGGGUACAGGGCAGUCGAUGCCGGCGACGACAACGGGAACGGUGAACACCAGCGAGUGGUGACGUUUGAGGACUUUGUUCGCCUCAUAGCGUCUGGCGAUGCCGCUACUCCGGGGGCGAUCGCGCAAUCCCUCACCGAGGUUUUGAAGGUACGCAGCGUGGUUUCCACUCUAUAGCGUUGGGUCACAUGUACACAAACAGAGCCAGGUGGCGUGGAGAGACAUCGAUUCGUGCCGCAUAUUUUUGCCGUGGAUGCCAUUCUGCUAUCGCUUAGCGGUCGCAAUACCAAACCCUCCCAUUGUUCUGUUUCGAUCGUUUUGGCUCACGCCCAUGAUUGUUCUGCAUGGCGUUUUUUGAUCCAUGGCAACCACAAAACCGAAAAAAACAAACAACUACGCAGGAAACACCCUAUCGAGCCUUUCGGUUCGAAACCCCACCGGUAUCGAGAGCGACCGUGUCCAAGAAGGCAUUCGAAUUUGUCCUAGUCGAGGACAACUACCUGGCCCGGUUUGCGCAAUCGCCGGAUCCGGAACCUUUUUCGGCAAUGCUGUCGUCGUGCCACCACAGCGAAACCAGCGGUGGGCACGGCGCCACCGGCUCUUCCCCUUUGGCCGGGUGCGCCUUUUUCAAUCUCGGGGGCGACGCCGAGCUGGUGGCGCCCGCCGAUUGGACCCAGGGCGAGGGUUCACCGCCGCCGGCCUGCUACGGCCACCUGGCCGGUUUUGUCCGGGGUGCUCCCGCGGCCCAGAUCGAUGGCCUGUGGAGGCUGCUUGGAUCCGUGCUGGAGAAACGGCUGCUAUCAGAAUCGGACGACGACGCCGAACCAGCGCAGCAGCAGCAUCAUCGACCCGUUUGGCUUUCCACGGCGGGAACCGGUGUGGCCUGGUUGCAUUUUCGGUUGGAUUCGCGACCAAAGUACUACGAAUACAAACCCUACAAGGUGUUUUAGUCGGUUUCAAGGUUGCAUAAAAUUUCCAACCGAAUACUAGUAAGUAUUUACUCCCACUACCCGUAACUGAAACACUAUUGAGUUCAGAAUGCUGCCGACAGUACAAACCCAAACGUGGAUAUGGCAGACGUGGAUAAAGCCGACGACCACCAAAAUCGAAACGAACUCUUCGACUACCAGUCAUUUCCGUACGUAUUCGUUCUACUCAAACAUACGUAGCAUACCGGCAGAAAUCUGAAAUCUAGUCGUUUCACUUCACAGUGUUGAUUCCGUCGCGCGCAGUUACGAGUUGCUGUACGAAUACCGUAUCAUAACAGUUACGACGGUGUCGUGGAUCGUGACAGAGACUAAAAUACUUUCAGAACGGAUUAUUUUACGGUUUUAUGUCAUAUAGGCGAUCGGAGACAUCUCAAACGAGUUCUUGCUAAUCGAUAGACGGCCUGUUGACAACACGCAACGGUGCGUUCACAGCGUACGUAUUCACCAGAGCAGCAUUGUCAAAAGCUACACUGAGCGCGAUGUUGUAGAAUAAAUGAAAAAAAGGAACCAAUCAUAAUGACAAAAAGAGCGAGAAUAAUUAUGGAGUCAUCUACGACCGUAACUCCCGUUGCUCGUAGUAUAAAGAGCAGCUGCCACAGCGAGGACUCUGGGCACGUGUGGCUGGUCACCAUCGACUACGAUGGGUCUCCGUCAGAAGGAUGCAGCGAUUGUGGUCAUUCAACUUCCUGCGUCUUUGGAUCCGAAGCAGAACGGGAUCGAUUCCUUGCGUCAGCUACAAUGAUUCCAGAUUCAACCGACAGCAGCAGUGGUGGCGCGAAGAGCAAACCUAGCAUCGUGGGUUACUCGGUGCAACGGAUCAAAACAAGUGAUGCUACCAAGAGAGAGGGUUUCACCGGGUCGGAAACCGCAGCAGGGGCGGGCAACGGCCAAGCAUCGCCGAACGAAAGAACGGCUUUAUUGAACCCAACCCAGCACCAACAACGCCAUAGCGCCACCAAGCACAAUGAUAAUUUCAAUCAAAUUGACCACCCAAGCUCCUUGAUUCAGGGCGACGACGAGGAAGAAUGCUACAAUGACUUUAACGAACUUUCCAAAGGUUUUGAUGCCUUGGUCAAGCGCUUCGAACUCUUCCGAAGGGUUAUCGAACACGAAGACGAUCUUCUCAAUCAGCGCAUGUCAUGGAUCAUCCUAGCCCAGUCCUUUUUGAUGGCCGCCUUUAUCAGCACUGGGAGCGACAAUGAUAACAACAACAACAGACGCUUCCUGUCGAUCACUGCCGCCGUGGGCCUCCUAACCUGCCUGGUCACCCUUCCCGCCUUGGUGGCCGCUGGAAAGAACAUAGAGGUCCAGCAGCACAUCUACUUUGCCGGCAUCCGCUCCGACUCCCUCUGUCAAAGGCUCCACGGGCACGGCCGGGACCGUUCCUGGGGCGGGGACACGGAGCACAAGCUCCGGUCGUCGUCGUCACACCUCUUGCCCAACACGGCCUUUCGAUCGAGGUUUGGUGUGCCGAUUCUGACGACGGUAGUGCUGCUGUCGAUCGUACAGGUUGCCGGAUGGUGUGGGCUACUAGUAGCCCUGAUAAUGGCGGACGACGACCGAUAGGUGCGAAUACUGCGUGACUGGCUGCUUGACCAUCUUUUCAAUGAAUUCGAGGCUUUAAA